CAAUACGGUUGUGAAUGGGUAGGGGAGGGCGGGCGGAGGCGAUCGAUGGGCGGCGGGCGGCGGGCGGCGGGCGGCGGCGGGUGGCUCAGUCGCGGACCGCGCGCCGCGCGAUGCUGAUGCCACUCGCGCCCGCAGCCGUGCCGAGUAUCGACCGCGCGCCCCCGCCGCCCCCCGCGCCCGCCGCCGCGCCCGACCAGCCGCCGACCGCCCGCACCGCCACCGCGAGAUUGUGACGCGAGUAAAGCGCGAUGGAGGGCGGCGCGGGAGUGGGCAGCGUGGCGUCGCUGACGAUGGACUGCGAGGACAUGUUCAAGGAGAUCACCAAGAAGCUGUACGGCGAGGAGGCCAGCGUGGGGGUGGUGGGGGUGGAGUUCCCGGCCGCCGAGCGCGACCUGGACGACGACCUGCGCCCCGAGGAGCACAUCACGGCCUGGGGACUCGCUGCGCUCAUGCAGAAUGGCUUCCCGCCUCCUGGAAUACUACAGGCCAACUUCGCCCCGCGCCUGGACCCGACCGCCGAAGACCGCUGGACGGCGGCGGAGGAGCCGCUGGCGUGGGCGCACUCGCGCAUCGCCGCCUACAACCCCGCGCAGCGCCUGUUCAAGUGCGCGGACUGCGAGUGCGUGGGGUUCCUGGCGAGGGUCGCCGAGCACUGGCUGGGAACCCACUCCCAGGCCCGCGCAUUCCAGUGCCCGGUCCCCGGGUGCGGGUUCGCGUCCGGCUGGGCGCGCGGCGUGCGCCAGCACCUGGCGCGGGACCACCACUCGGACCCCGCCGCCGCCGACCACCUGCUGCGGGACAACCCCGCACUCGACGACCUCACCCGCUAUCUGCAGCGCCUCAAAAACAAGGUUGAUGCUAGUCGAAAUGAAAGACGCAAUAGUAACGGCGGCAGUAAUGAAAGCGUACAAACACAAGCUGAAGUUAGCGCCGCGGCAGCCGCAGCGGGCGCGGCGGCGGGCGGCGGCGAGGCGGGCAAACGGUACGCGUGCGGCUCGUGCCCGUACGCCACGGAUCGCCGCGACUUGUUCACGCGACACGAGAACAUUCACCGCGACGAGAAACCCUUCCACUGCUAUCUCUGCCAGAAGCAGUUCAACCGGGCUGACCACGUCAAGAAGCACUUCUUGCGCAUGCAUCGCGACCAACCCUAUGAUUUGAACCGCAUCCGGCGCGCUCCGCCGCCCAAGCCGCAACCGGCGGUGGCGCCACCCGCGCCCGCACUGCACUAUUACAGCAAGCCGCCGGGGGAGCCACCGCCCGCGGCUCCCGUCGUGGCCGCGGUGGCGACAGUCGCCCAGCUCGAGUACCGCUCGGCGCCCGCCCCGCCGCCCGCGGUCGCCCCCGCGCCGCCCGUCAAGCUGGAGCGCGCGCCGCUUGGCAAGGCGGAGGUCGCCGGAUCUGCCUCGACGCCACAUAAGGCCGCCGCCACGAGCCUGGCCCCUCCACCAGCCGCGCCCGGCACCGCUGCUGGUGUCCGUCGUAAGGGCGAGCGACGCUACGCGUGCUGUUAUUGUUCGUGGUCCGGGGUGGACAACUGGUGCCUGAAGCGGCACCUCAACACGCACCUGAAACCGUUCGCGUGCGCAUUGUGCGAGUACAAGGCGGCGCGCGCCGAGCGCCUCGCCACGCACGUGCACAAGGUUCACAACAAGAAGGCGUGUGCCAAGUGCCCCUAUCUUGCCGACGACCAAGUGCAACUGCAACAUCAUUUGCGAGACGCCCAUCACAUCGAGAGUCGCAACUUAAAAGUACCGUCGAGUGUGGGUCGCACAACCAGCAUUGCGUUUACAAGUUCAGCGACCGCGGGCGGCGGCGCGACCGCCGGUGUGGCGGCAGGCGCGGGCGGCGCCAGCGUGGAGGGCGGCGGUGCGGGCGGUGCGGGGGGCGCGGGAGUAGCGGCCCGGCGGCGGGAGCAGCGUGCGGCCGGCGCGGCGCGGCUCUUCGGCUAUCUGGAGGCGUCGGACGGCUCGGGCGACGAGUACGAAGGCGCGCCGCUGGGCUCGGAGUUCGCAUCGCCCGCGCCGCCGCCGCCCGCCGCCGCCGCGCAGCACUACACCCGCGACAAGGAGAAUGCCGCGCCGCUGCACCACUCUGUGCAUCACGAUCAUUGUCUCAGAUACUGAAACGGUUUUAUUACCUACGACUAUAAUAUACGUUUCGAAGUUCUAUAUUUUACAAUUAUGAUUAGGAACAUUGAUUAUGUGAUGGUCACUUCUUGUUAAUCUUUUCUUCUAAAGUUUUCACAGUUCCCGUGCGUGGAGAAGAUUAACCCAUGCAAGUAGUAGAUCUACUUGCAUGGGUUAAUCUACCCCACGCGAUCGGAACAAUAGCAAAUACAUACAUACACCUUUCAGUUUACAUUUAUUUUAGAAGCAAUUGUAAGUACCUUUCUGUUAGGGAUAUGAAUCAUCUGUGUACAUAAUAAAUAUAAUGUAAGCUCUAUUUAUAAAUUAUAAAGUAUGAAAUUGUUAAUUCCUUGUUUA